UUUCACACACAGGGAAGAGACGUCUGUGCGAUUCUGUUAGUCCUGAAGGGCCGACUAUCCAUGACAAACUUCCAGAGAGAAAAUGAAGCAGCCAAAUCCCUUUUCAGACGGCUUGAGGUUUCUCUUCUCUAUUAUUACAGUAGUUAGAGUCACAUCCUUCCCAACCCUUAGGCGAGUCCCCAUCGGCGGUUACUCCCAUCGUGUCUGGGGACUACAGCCACCACCGGGACAAAUCUGGUAUGGCUUCAAGGGUGUCGUUCUCGCAAUACCGGCUGGAAGCGGAGAUCGAGCGGCAACGAGCCGAGUGCCAAUGGGACAAGAUACCCGCUUUGAUCGAUCAGCUGCUGACAGCCCGGAUCCACGAGGAUGAUGACUAUGGAAUGCUGCUAUUGGCCGAAGCCCUGCUGGAGGAGGGCCUGCAGGAUAACAUGGACCUAUUGCGGAGCUCCACGCCAGUGGUGGACCAGAACCAGGAAAAGUUGUCCAGGGCAAAGGGACACCUGAACACCAUCCUGAGCCGUGGAAGACUAUCACCCAGGUACUUGAAUGAGGCGUUGCUGCUGAUGGCCAAGGUUCACUACGUCCACGGCCGGUACCGGGACGCCCAGGGCAUGUGUGCCCGGGUCAGCAUCGAGGAACUCUCCCAGUCUGAGCAGCCCGUCUACCACCUGCGACUGCUGGCCGAGGCUUUCGCUAUCAAAGGUCUAUCCCUGGACCACCAGACGCUGUCGUCCGUGUCCCGCGUGCGUCUGUCCGAGAGAGAGGAGGAGAGCCUCACCUGCUACCUCAGGGCCUGCGACACAGCCCUCUCCUAUAUGCAGGAGCUGGAUAAGAUGGUGAUGAGCACCCACUCAAAGUCAGCAAAGGGCCUCCCAUACCACCCCCCUGUGGAUGUGGAGCUGGGCUUCUUCCUGCAGGCGGCGCUACAGAGUGGAUACCUGUGUCUGCUGCAGCGAGGGUGAG